AUGACAAGAAACAACUACCCACCUCCUCCUAGUUAUGCUCGUCAUAGUAGUAGUGGUUCAUCGAUGAUCAAUAAUAAUAACCAACUCUUGUUGGAUACUUUGAUGUAUCUUACAAGUGUGUUUGGUAAGACAUCAUCACAAGGGAGAAAUAUCAUCAAUCAAUUUAAUAGUUCAAAUAAUCAGCAAAUUUCAUCAAUUAUUUCUCAUAAUUUAACGAGAGCAGUCACUAACAAGGUAUCAACAAAGAACAAAUCAUCCAAAUGGUCCUAUUUAUACAAGAUUGUACUUCCAGCUGUUGCAAUUGUUGGCUUAUCAACACUUGGUUAUAAAUUGUACAAACAAAUUCAGUCGACAAGAGAAUUUCUCGAAGGUUUGGAUGAAUCCGAGGCUGAAGAACAAACACAAAUCAAAAAGGCACCAGUUAAAAAACUAGUUUGGACACCAAAGAGUGUCAGCAGUGAUAUUAUUUCGUCACUUGAUAAGCAAAAGAAGGUGAUUAAUAUUUUGGUCUUGUAUGGUACAGAAUUCGGGUUUUCAAAACAAGUUGGUAUGAAAAUUUGUGAGGAAAUUGUGGAAAAGUUGAAUAACAAGGAUGACUUUGUCUUUGUUCCUAGAUUAUUAGAUUUGAAACACUACAAUGUGAUAGAUUGGAGUCAAGAAAGCUGUGUCAUUUCAGUUUGUUCAACGUAUGGAGAAGGAGUGCCUCCAAAUGCAGCCCUAUCAUUCUUUGAAUCGAUGCAAGAAAAGAAAGACAAAUCAAUUGAAACCACCUCUAAUAUUUAUUACUCUGUACUUGCAUUAGGUGAUAAGAGUUAUACACACUUUUGUAGAUCAGGGAAAACACUUGAUUCUUUGUUUGAGAGCAAGUUUAUACAAUCGGAGAGGAUUCAUGAUAGAGUUGACAUUGAUAGAGACGAUUGGAGAUCUAUUAAUAAGUGGCUUAACGGAGUUGUUCAACAAAUCACUGAGAGAAGAGCCAAUUUUACAGUUAAUUCACCUCUUUUGGACUAUUUACAAAGUGAUUCUGCCAAUGCAUUGUCAACAACAACUCAGUACGACAGAACAAAUCCAUUCUUUGCUAAGGUGACAGAAAAUAGAAGAAUAUGCAUUGAUGAAUCCAAUCCAAAAGACAUUAGAGAAUGUGUUCACUUUUGUUUUGAUUUGUUGGAUGAUAAGAGCUUGAAAUAUGAAUGUGGUGACGCUCUGGGAGUCCUUCCUGAGAAUGAUUCUCAAGUUACAGAGACACUCUUCAAGUAUUUGAGUGAUUUCUUUACUUGUGAGCAUGGAUCUAGUGCUUCCCCACUCGUUAAUGCACCAAGCAACUAUUUCUCACCUGCAGAAAGCUCUCCAUUCAAGAAUGCUGAUAGUGGUAUGCCAGAAUAUAUUACCCUCAAGGAAGCCAUUACAAGAUUCUACGAUCUUAAGCAAGUCAGUGCCUCACUGCUGCAAUUACUUCACGAUAAGCAAGAUUUCACUGGCAUGGAAGAUUUGAAAACCAAAUUGGACAAUAUUUUGCAUGACGAAAGUACUCUUAAUUCCUACAUUGAGGAUAGAUGGGUAGAGGAUGUUUUGGAAGAUUUCCUCAUCCCUCUCGUUCACAAAUCGAACAAGAAUACUUACACCAAGUCUAAAAUAACUAUUCAAAACAUUGUCGAUCAAUUCAAAGUGCUUGUACCAAGAUAUUACUCAAUCAGUUCAUCAGCUGUUGAAACUAAGAAUGAAAAGGCAACAAUAACUGUUUCCAUUGUAACUUAUAAUACCCUUAAUAAGAAUAGAAAGGGUGUAGCCACUAACUUCCUCAAACAUCAAUCCAUAGUACCAAUAUUUAUUUCGAAGAAUAGAGAUUUCAAGCUGCCAUCAGACACUAGCACACCAAUUAUUAUGAUUGGCCCAGGAACAGGUAUUGCACCAUUCAUGGGAUUCAUCCAAGAACGAUUAAAUUUGCAGGCAAAGGGAAGAAAUAUUCUCUUCUUUGGUUGCAGAGAUAGAAAUAAGGACUUUUUAUAUAGAACCGAGUUGGAAAAUUGGUCAAAGAAUAAUUCCAUUGAAUUACAUACUGCCUUUUCUAGAGAAGACCCAAAGAAGAAGGUCUAUGUGCAAGAUUUAAUUCUUGAAAAUUCAGAAUCACUUUACAAUUUGAUUGUUAAAGAAAAUGCCCACAUUUACAUUUGUGGUGAUGGAUCUUCAAUGUGCCCUGCUGUGAUUGAGACUUUCAAGAAUAUUUUCAUCAAACAUGAAUCACUUUCCAAUGACCAAGCCACUCUCAAGAUGGAAGAAUUGGAACAUGAAAAGAGAUUAUGUAGAGAUGUUUGGUAA